GGUGAUGUUUGAUGAUCCAUAUCUAAAGUUUUUUAACUCUUAGAUCAUGUUCCGGGCUUAAUAUAAUGUAAAAUGACUGUAGCAUGAGAAAUACCUAAAAAUAUGUCGGGAUAAAGGGAUAUCUAACCGUUCAAAAAGUUAUUGCACUAAAUAAUAAUUGUCCAAUAAAAUUUUACAGGUAUCUGAAUUUUUCUAUUAUAAUUUAUGUUUGGUACAGGUGAUGAGGGAUGCUGGAGAAAAUGAUGAGGAAAACAGACAAUUGAUCUAUCGGGAAGAAUUGGAGCGACAAGGAAUGAUCAUACCAUGGAGCACGCAAGUCGAGGUCCUGUCCCAUCUAUCAGUAGGAUGCUUCGUGACGCACUGCGGAUGGAACUCUACCAGUGAAAUCCUAGCGUGCGGGGUGCCCAUGGUGGCAUGUCCACAAUGGGUAGACCAGAGGACGAAUGCGAAGCUCGUCGAGGACAUGUGGAAGACCGGCGUAAGGGCCAACCCGAAGAGCGGGACGAUCAUCGAAGGGGAGGAGAUAAGGAGGUGCUUGGAUUUGGUGAUGGGAGGGGGAGAGAAGGGAGAAGAAAUAAGGAGGAAUGCAAAGAAGUGGAAGGAGUUGGCUAAGGAGGCUGCUGGGGAAGGAGGGUCUUCGGAUAAGAACCUCAGGGCCUUCUUGGAGGAGAUUGCAAGCUCAGUUUAAUCAAUUAAGCUAGAGUAGAUUGAACUUGUUCGCAUCCUGUCGUUGUCCUUUUACGAAAUUAUAAGAAUAUCUAGGUGAAGUUUUAACGUAAAAUCUAAUAUACAAUAACAUAAACAAGAUGUUUUACAUGAACA